AUGUUGCUGUUCCAGGGCGACAUCAUGUUGGAGGGUUCAUUGGUCUCGUGGAAGCGUGGUGCGCGCAGCCACAAGGGCUUGAAACGUACGGCCAGAAACAGCGUUUGGGGGUCUUCCUCGUUGCAGGCAUCAGCCGUGUCUUCGCUCUUCAAGGGGCCGGCCAAAAAGGACCUCAGGCGGACUCAAAGUUUUGGCGGAGGUCGACCGCGAUCAUCCUGGACUCAGAGCAUCACAGCCCAGCCUCGGGCGAGAAGCAAAGACGAGAGGCCUGAGUCGGUGCCGGCCCCGAAGCCAAAAGAGGAGGAGGUGCCUGAAGAUGUGGCGCCGGAGGAGGCUCCGGUUGCCACGGUCCAGGAAAGUGGCAUGGAGCCGCCCUUGGAGCUGACGGAGGCCAUUCCCGGUGUGGUCGGUGAGUCGGGUGAAGAGGCAGUGCAACUGAGCGGUUUCGUGGGCGAUAGCAGCUGUUUGAACGGAACCUUCACGGCAAAUGGCACGGAAGUGAACGGCAAACAGGUCUACAGCCAAGGAGAUGGCAGCAAGGAAUGCAUGUGGUACCACAACGGUGCCUGGCGCAUUGGCUCCUACAACUGGCUGGACACCAAGGAUUUAGGGCGAUGCCACGCCUUCGUCAAGACAGAGCAUGACUUGGAUCACAUCGCGGCCAGCGAAACCUGGAUGAGCUGCUUGGGAUCUUCUGGAGGGGAUCCUGACAGCCAGGAUGGUAGCCUCUUCCAGCCACAGAUGAGCGCUCGAGCUGCCAAAAUGGCGCUGGAUAACGUCGUGAAGCGAACUGGAAGUAAGAAGGGGCUGGUGCCAUCCCUGAGCAGCAACCGGCUCACCAACAUCCUGACGGAUCAGAUUUGCCCUAACCAACUUGUGUACAGCAUCGAGUGGCCGGCGUCCUUGUCCUGCUCCUUAGUGAAAUCUCUUACACACUUAGUGAGCCACACGCUGGUGGCCUGCCACGUGGUGGGGUCGGUCUGCCAAAUGGCAAACCUGGCGUCAUCGUGGCUCUUGGAACAUGGCACAGGCAGCCUGAGGGGCAAAGAUCAGCAGCUGCUCCGGCAGACGCUUCUCAAGGACUUGGAUCGUAUCCUGGGCCUUCCUCCCAGCCGCCCUUUGGUGGUGGAGGAGGAGGUGGAUCAGUUCCUGGCCUCGGGCCGCGUCUCAGACGCCAAUCUGAAGCGCCUGCUGCGCCGCGCCGAGGCGCGGCUGCUGCUGGCCGGCGCGCGCUCGGACGCCGGCUACUCAGGUGCGCAGACGGAGCGCUCCCAGCCGCUGGCGCUGCCACCAGUCGCACCAGCGCAGCAGGUGCAGUCGGCACGGGGCCCGGCCAGACCGGAGAUGCCCAGUGUGGAGGAGGAGGAGGACUUGCUGAAGUGGUCGCAGGUGGCGAAGUUGGCCAAGAAGGAGGCGGAACUGGAAGCCCUGCAGAAACGCGAAGCCAAGAAACACGCGCAGACGGAGAUUCGAACCUAUCUGCAGCAGCAAAUUGACGAGAAGAACUCGAAGAAGCAGAAAGCUGCGGAAGAUGAACGGAAGUUUUGCGAGAUGCAGGAUGCCGAACUGGAACGGUGGAAGAGGGACCAGGUGCAACAAGCUGAGGAACGGCUACACAAGGUACAACAGGUGAUUCGCGACCGCGAGGUGCAGUCCGAAGAGGUUUUUCGAAAGCGCGAGGCCGAGAGGGAGCAGAAGCUGGACGAAGACAAGCGCCUGGUGCAGCGCGCCACGCGGGAGAUGGAGCAGGAACAACAGGCCGUGGCUCAGAAGCGCCACCAGAACAGGUUGGCGCAGGCCCAGUGGGUCCAGGAAGCCACAGAGAACAAGGCCAAGGGGAGCGAUGCACGGCAGCAACGCAUCCAGGAGGAGCAGAGGAUUCUGCAGGAUUAUGUGGAGCUGUUGGAGAAGCAGGAGGCCCGGCGGAGAGCGGCAAAACCCAAGAUCCGCGAGCAGUCGCCGGAAGCGCCGCCACGUGCCAAGAGGAAAGGGGAGGAGGUCUACUACGACGAGGCCAUUGUGAUGCGGAUCCAUCAGGAAACCUUGGCGAAAGCCGAGCAGAAUGAGCUCCGAAAACAGGAGCGCCUGAAAAUGGAGCGGCAUCGGAACCAGGCAUUCCUGUCCGAGCAGAUUGCGGAACGGGACCGGCAGAAACGCCAGGUCCUGGAGCUCAAGGGCGGGCAGAAGGCGGCAGCGCAGCAGGCGGCAGAGGAGGCGCGACAGAACGAGAAGCGACGGAUGCAGGAACAGAGGGCAAGGUACCUUCAGAACCGCCUUGAGUUGGAGGGUCAGAUGUCCGGCAAAGGGAAGAAGAAGUUCCAGGAGGAUGAGAUGAACAGGGCCGAAAAGGCAAUCAAUCGGCGGUACGUCAUCGAAACCUUCCACAAGACAUCGGAAGGUCUGAGCCCUCAUUGAUGGAUGUAGCAAACUCGUAGCUCUGAGUGGAAGUUUCUUUGGCUGUUUUGUC